UUUUCCCAAGUUGCUCCGCCGUAAAACACCGUCGCCGGAGGCGGAGAAAAAGAGAGUGUGUGACGAUUAAUCAUAUCAAGUGUUGCAAUAGCAUCAUACGUACCUGAACUAUCUCAAUUCGCACUAGGGCACAGAAAACGAGGGUUUUUGCAGCUAAAUUUAGUUGAUUUUGUCACGGUAAUGGAAGACCACUGCGAUUCACUUAGUCCAUUAGAUAUCGGUGCAGAUAGGUGUGAAGAAGAGUUGAGGCGUCAUUCAGCAAUGGAGUGCAGACCUGAGAUCCAUAAUUCAGAUGAGUAUGAUGUUGUUCCUACACCACAGGAUGGGAUGGUAUUUAGUUCGGAGGAUGAGGUGAGAUCGUAUUAUACAAAAUAUGCCAACCAAGAAGGUUUUGGUAUCAUGACAAGAACAUCAAAAAAGGUUGGGAAUGGUAAGGUUGGAUAUUUUAUACUUGCAUGUUCCAGAGAAGGAAAUAGAAGAACCAGUAAAAAAAAUCCCAUCAGAAAUUGUCCAUCAAGGAAACAGAAGUGUGAAGCCAGGAUCAGUGUUUAUUUAUGUAAAGAUGGAGCCUACGGAAUUAAAUCAGUUACGCUUAAUCACAAUCAUGAAUUGAGUCCCGGUCAAGUCAAGUCUAGAAAUAAUGUUGAUAUUAACAUGAGGUUGAAAAGGACAUUAGAUCCAAAUGAUCAAGAUGAGGAAAAAGUAAAGAAGAGUUUCCGGUCUCUUGUGGUUGAAGCUAAGGUCCAUGAAAAUUUGGCAGUUUAUGAAAAUGGUUUCGGAAAUUACAUUCAGAAAGAAAAACGACUUAUCGGGAAGGAUGGAGAUGGUUAUGCGCUUUAUAAGUAUUUUAUGUGGAUGCAAGAACAAGAUAGCAAUUUUUUUUAUGUGAUUGACUUUGAUGAUUGCUUCUGUAUGCGGAGUGUUUUUUGGGCUGAUGCAAGAAGUAGAGCUGCAUACAAAUCAUUUGGUGAUGUGGUGAAAUUCGAUACUACUUAUCUCUCUAAUCAAUACAAAGUGCCUCUUGCAUCCUUUGUUGGAGUUAACCAUCAUGGACAAUCUAUACUUUUUGGUAUUGGGUUGUUGUCUAGCCAAGACACACAGUCAUUUGUUUGGUUGUUUCAGUCCUGGCUAGUUUGCAUGUCUGGCAUUCCCCCCAAAGGUAUCAUAACAGAUCAAUGCAAGCCCAUGCAGAAUGCAAUCGGAGUUGUAUUCCCCUCCACUCGACAUUCUUGGUGUUCAUCAGAUAUUAUGAAAAAGCUUCCUCAGAAUAUAGGGGGAUAUGCUGAGUACAAGUCCAUAAGUUACCAUUUGCAGAAUGCUGUAUAUGACACAUUCACUACAAAUGAAUUUGAAAUGGUUUGGAAGAAGAUUAUGGAGGAAUAUGGCCUAGAGGACAAUAAAUGGUUGAAGGAUUUGUUCCUUGAAAGACAUAUCUGGGUUCCUGCCUUUGUAAGAUAUAGCUUUUGGGCUGGAAUGUCUACAACCCAACGUGGCGAAAGUAAGCAUGCUUUUUUUGAUGGAUUCUUAAAUGGCCAAACAACUUUGAAACAAUUUGUUGAUAAAUAUGAUAUUGCAUUGCAAGCCAAAGCAGAGAGAGAGUUUGAAGCUGAUUUCCGUUCAGUUUGUAGCUCUCUUGCAUGUGCUACCAAGUCUCCAUUUGAGCGGCAGUUCCAAUCUGCAUACACUCAUGCAAAAUUUCUAGAGGUUCGGAAAGAAUUUGUAGGAAAGGCUGAUUGUAAUGUUUGUGUUGCCCAUGAUGAAGGUUCUAUUUGUCGCUAUAAUGUCAUUGAAGAUGUGAUGAUGGGGGAUAAACCCAAGGAAGCCAUGUUUGAAGUCACAUUUGACAGGGUUAACUGUGAUGUAAAGUGUAUGUGCAAUAUGUUUGACUGUAGAGGUAUACUUUGUAGGCACUCACUUGCUAUACUCUCUCAUGAGAGAGUAAAGGACAUCCCUUGUAAAUAUAUCUUGGAUAGAUGGAGGAAAGAUUUAAAGAGGAGGCACACAUAUGCAAAGACCAGCUACGCUGCUAAGCAGCUUCAACCUCAGAUGCAAAGGUUUGAUUUAUUGUGCAAGCAAUUUGAUAGUGUUGCUGAAGUUGCUUCUGAAUUUGAGGAAACAAGUUCUUUUGUAAAGAAUUGCAUCUGUGACUUGAAAGAGAAGUUGGAAGCAUGGACAACCCGUUUGAGAAACUCAUCAGAGGUGGCAGUACCUAUAAGCUGUGCAAUUGAAAGUUACAUGAAUGACUAGCGAGAAAACUGUCAUUUUAUUAACUGCAAACGACCAGCAACACUUAAACCACUUCGGUUGACAAGCUUAAUGCUAAGGACAAAUGUAUAGGUUAGGAAAAUCAGGCUUCAGCAAAUAUAAAUUUAGUUACAUAUGUUUCAGCCCAAAAUGGUAUUCUUGAUCAAUUACACCUCUAAACAACACAAGACUGGAAAUUGUUUUGCACCAUGAAGCGCGUUUAGAGGAAGUAUUUUUACCCUUAAA